UCGUCUUGAUAACAAGAAUAAAAACUGUGUUGUGAGUACUGGGGGAGAUGAUGAUGACGUGAAAAACAAAAACUGUAAUAAAAAAAAAUAAAAACACACUCGAAGUCCGAACCUAGUUGUAUAGUUAUAUCGCUACCAACGCGCAACAAUCAACAUAGACGAUUAUUUUUUUUGAUCAGUCAAGUGUGUAUUUCCCGUAUAUAAAUAAACAACUGCUAUACCCAAAUAAACGCGGUAGAGCCUUUGUUUUCUACUUUUAAACGUAGUCCAAGGUUUCUUCGAGUCAAUAUGUCGAUAUCAAUCAUUAGAAGCCAUAGUUGAUGAGCAAUUUCAUCUAUUAUUCAUGUCACUGGUGUGUAUAUAGUCUAUUAAAAAUAAUUAAACAGAAAUGCCCAUUCAAGCACCACAGUGGACAGAUUUUUUGGCAUGCCCAGUGUGCUGUAAUGCAUUUGAUGUUAAAGCAAGGCAUCCAAUAAGUUUAGGAUGUGCUCACACAAUAUGUAAAUCGUGCCUCUCAAAUUUGCCUAAAAAACAAUGUCCAUUUGAUCAAAAUUUGAUUAACAUAGAAAUUGACCACCUUCCAAUUAAUUAUGCUUUACUUCAAUUGGUUGGAGCUACACUACCAAUAAAUGAUAACAUUCCUAGAUCAUUAUCAAAAUCUAUGACGGUUGAAGAACGUCAAUUAUAUAAUAAAUCGAAAAAAUGUGUAGAACAUCUUGCUUUAUAUUUAAAGUCAUUUAUUACAGGUGGAGGACAGUCAACAAGUGCUGGACUUUCUCGUCCAAUGCAGCGCAAAUUGGUUACUCUAAUUAAUUGCCAAAUAUUAGAAAAUGAAGGUCGUUUAAGAACAAUCAGAGCUGCAAGAUCAUUAGGUGAACGUUGUAUGACAGAAUUGAUACUUCAUCAUCAGAGUGCUCAACAAUUGUCAACUAAUUUAUGGGCAGCUGUAAGGGCACGUGGUUGUCAAUUCCUUGGACCAGCUAUGCAAGAAGAAGUUUUAAAAUUAGUUUUACUUGCUCUUGAAGAUGGCUCUGCUUUGUCUAGAAAAGUUUUGGUUAUGUUUGUUGUUCAGCGAUUAGAACCACAUUUCCCACAAGCAUCAAAAACCAGUAUUGGCCAUGUAGUUCAGUUACUUUAUAGAGCUUCAUGUUUUAAGGUUUCAAAACGUGAAGGAGAUUCUUCACUUAUGCAGCUUAAAGAAGAGUUCCGUACAUAUGAAAAUUUGAGACGUGAGCAUGAUGCUCAAAUCGUAGAAAUAGCUACUGAAGCAGGACUUCGAAUAGCUCCUGAUCAAUGGUCAGCACUUCUUUAUGGUGAUUCUGCUCAUAAAUCACACAUGCAGAGUAUUAUGGACAAAUUACAAAGCCCUCAAUCUUUUUCUCAAUCUGUUCAAGAGCUUAUUAUUGCUUUACAACGCACUGGAGAUCCAGCAAAACUAUCAUCUCUAAGAUCAAAUUUUGAACUUCUAGCAGCAGUUGAUCCUAAUCCAAGUCUUGAAUGGUGUACAUGGGAUAAAUUAUAUUCUGUUCUUGAAAGCGCUAAGGUAGUAGUAGCAGGUUUGACAGAUUUUGUCAAAUCUCAUGGAAACAGUAAUAAGGGUCUAAAAAAUGAGUUAAUCCAGAAUCAAGCAAACACUACUAGGUAUAAAGUUAGUAUGUGUAGAGAUUUAAUGACGCGUGGAACUUGCCCACGAGGUGGAGGCUGUACAUUUGCUCAUUCUGAAGAUGAGAUAGAAAAGUAUAGAAAUAAAAACAGAAAAACUAGAAACAUAGCCAUUGGUGUUGAUCAUGAAUUUUUAACAAAUAAACCUAAGUUUCUACCCAAAGAACAGUAUGAUUUUAUGUGUAAUAAAAAACCACUGAUGUUACCAGAAACUACCAAAGAAAUUGCUACAAUUCCAGUGGAACAUUCGUAUAUUGUACCAAAUGGUCAAGCAUACUAUCAAUCUGGUCAACAACAGAUGUACCAAGUAGGACAGUAUGGUCAUGAUGUUUAUAGACCUCAUCCUCGUAAUAUGAUGAUGAAUCCAACUAAUCAGAUGUAUGUGGAUCAAAAUAUAACUAGUCAUUCCAAUAAAAUGAAAAAUUUAUCCUCAAGUUUAAUAUCUCUUCAAAAUCGCAAACAAGAGCUAAUGGGUCAAAUAGAUAGAGUUAUGACAGCUUGUACUCUAACCCCUGACCAAGUAGACUUUGAUCGCUAUUCAAUGUGGGAUAAUGGUUUAUUUCACCAAAAAAAUGGUUUGCCUUCUCCUGUAAAUAUUCAAACUGGCCGACCAAUGUUAAUUCGAUCAGAUUCAAUUUUGGCAGAUCCAGAUGAAUUUGUUCCAUUUGAUAUAGCAGUUAAUGGAAAAUAUGGUCCAAUUGGUGGCAAUGGUGGAAAUCCAACAGCUGAAUCCCCACAAUCAGCUAUUAAUAAUCAGACUAAUGGAAAUGGAAAGUCCAUACGUCGUCCAUGUAGUUUGCCAAUACCUUCACAAGCAGCUGCGGCAGCAGCAGCACAAGCUCAAUUUUUCAGUUCAACUACUACAACAACUAUUAGUACACCCUUGGGUACUCUACGUGGAGCCAGAAAUAGCCCAGUAGCUGCAUCUUGGUUUUUUAAUUCUCCACAGGGCUACCCAGCUGCUGCUCAUAUUGUUGCAUCACCAGUUGGAGCAAUUGGUCAGAGUUAUAUUACUAUUCACAGUCCAGCUGGUAUGAUGGAACCAUCCAACUUUUUUAGUAGUCAUAAAACACCUAAAAAUUUAAUUGCCGAGUCUCAAAAAAUGAAACAUCAAUUGAAAAAUUUAGAAAAAAAAAUCAAUGACUUAAAACUUGCUACCCACAAUGUUGCUGCUAAAGAAACUGAAAAAUUGUCUGAAGAAUUGGCACAAAUUGAAAAAGAUAUACAAAUUAAAGAACAACAAUUUUUGACACAGUGGCAUUCUGAAACUGCUACUAUAACGACUUGGGGUGAUGGAAUUUGGUCAAGUACCACAUCAACUGGUUUCACUACUCAACAAGACGAUUCUUACAACAACAGUAAUGUAGUUAAACAAACAGAUAUAAAAUGGGAUGGAAUUGAAAAUGAUUCUGAAAGAGCAAUAGCCGAAGAAGUUUAAAUAUUUGAACUGAAUAAAUAUAUUAGAUAAAAUAAAAAUUAUUUAUUGUUUAUAGGUUUUAAUUUAUACCAUUUUAUUUUAUUUGACAAACAACAUAUACUUAAUGCUAAAUUAGUUGAAUUAUUGUGAUAUUAUUGUAUUUAUACUAUUGUUUUCUUAUACGACAUAAAAUUUUUAACUAUUGUUUAUAAUUAUUUUGCUGAACUUAUACUUUUUGGAAUAUUUGCCAAAGUUAAAUAUGACUUAUUCAUUUUUUUUCUAGUAACAUAAUUUGUUACAUAAAUAUGUGCAAUUUUUUAUUUUCUAUACGAUUGUUUUCAUUUAAUUAUAUAUAAAUAAAAUUAUAAUAUUGUUACCAUAGUUGUAUAACACUACAA